AUGAUUCCGCCGACAUUCAGUGGUCUCAAAGGCCUCCAGGUCGACGACCGCGAAGACGGCCAUGUUCGAGAGGAAUCCUGGGCGAGCCUGUCUUACCUAGGUUGUGAGGAAUUCGUGGACAGAAGUGGCGACGACCUUGCACUUCUGUGGAUAGGAAAUGCUCGGGGCUCAACCGUGGUCAGUCACGAGACAUCGUCAGAUGGAGAAACAGUUUUGUCACAUGCCGCCACAACAACAUGCUAA